AUGAGCAGCAGCAGCAGCAGCAGCACGAGCAGCAACAGAGACAAGAGCAUCAGCAACAGCAGCAGCAAAUACAGGAAAAUCAGCAACAGCAACACGAAUCACAGCAACAUUUUUCUGCUUCACCUUGCUGCUGCUGCUUGUGCUGCUGCUGCUGUCUGCCCAGUGCUGCAGCAAAUAAUUGAGGCGCAUAAAGACAGCCAGGAACUGCCAUUCACCUACGACGACAAGAAGCAGGUGCAGCAGCAGCAGCAGCAGCAGCAGCAGCAGCAGCAGCAGCACGAGCAGCAAAAACAGCAGCAGCACGAGCAGCAACAGAGCCAACAGCAUCAGCACCAGCAGCAGCAAAUACAGGAAAAUCAGCAACAGCAACACGAAUCACAGCAACAUUUUUCUGCUCCAUCUUCUGCUGCUGCUGCUGCUGCUGCUGCUGCUGCUGCUGCUGCUGCAGGUGCUGCGGAGGAAGCAGCAAGCGGAUGCGCGCCGUGUGUGCAGACGGGCAGCAACAGCAACAGCAGCAGCAGCAGCAACAGCAGCAGCAGCAGUAGCAGCAGCAACAGCAACAGCAACAGCAACAGCAGCAGCAGCAGCAGCAGCAGCUCCCACAUCUUCGUGAAUCUAUCAACAGCAAAAGGAGAAAGAAAAGAAACAAACGAGCAGCAACAGCAACAGCAGCAGCAGCAGCAACAGCAGCAGCAGCAGUAG